AGCCACCUGUCUCCAGAACCGCGUUUCAAGCCACAGAGCUGAAGCCAUGGACCUGCAAGAAGCCUUUGAGAAGCUUCAGCCAUGCCUGGACUCCGGGACACGAAUCUUCCUGCUGCUUGUGUUGCUCCCGUUUUUGUUGCCCAUCUUCCUGGUCCUCGCUGCUUGCACAGCGGCCUGGGCGGUGAUAUUCAGACUCUUCAGGGCGGAAUAUGACAUCACCAUUCCUCGGGAAUCCUUGCCGCCCCCUGACACUGCUACGGUCACUACCAGAGAUGGCGUUUUACUCAACUACCACAAAGCGGUGGUGCGCUCCGAGGAUGGAAGUAUGCCAACUACGGAUGAUCCCAAAGUGGUCCUAUUUUGCAACCCCUUGGGUCAGAAAGGCCUGGGCAAUUGGGGCGGAGCAUUAGCUGCCAUUGCCCAGAUUUGGGGCCCCGGCACGAUCCUCAUUUGUUGGGAUUACCGUGGCUUCUUCGAGUCAGAGAAUCCCAAGCGCCCCAGGAUGGUGGACGUGCGCAACCAUGCGGAAGAUGGCCUAGUUGUUCUGAAGGAAGUUGUUGGUGACAAAGCAGCAACUCUGGUCGUUGGGCACAGUAUGGGCGUCCAAGUUGCGCUGGAAUUCACGCUCCUCUAUCCUGAGAAAGUUGGAUCUAUGAUCCUCUUGAAUGGAACGUAUGGCCAUGCGCUGCAGACGGCGCUUCAGCCGAUCCUCAGACUGCCAUACGUGGGCAGCUUGCUAAGCAGCAUCAUCCAAUGGCUCUUGGCCAGGGGGCACGAAGAGAUCCUGGAAAUGAUUCGCAGAUUCUGCGAGCCAUUCAUCGGCAUCCUCUUUUACAUGCUGACGCUUCUCUUUGGCAGCAGAUCUUUGCAAAGGUAUUACGGCAAAGAUUAUAUGCUUCGUUCAUGGCAGCAAUAUUUAGGCGGCAUUUGCUCGAAUUCCAAGAGUAUGAAGGCCUUCUUGCGGGGGUUCCAAGACUUGGACGCUCACUCGACUGGUCAUCUUUUGGAUCAGAUCAGUCAUCCCACCCUGCUGAUUGCCGGAUUUUGGGAUUUCCUCACCCCGCCGCACACCAUGAUGGUGAUGAAAAGGAACAUGGCCAAUGCGCGACUCAUCCUCGAUGCCUUUUCGGGUCACUUCAGCGCAAUGGAACAUCCCGAGCUGGUCAUGGCAGAGAUUGCCAAGUUCAUUGCAGACCUUCCGAAGUUUAAACGACGCACCUUGUCAGAGUUCGAAAGGCCGGUCAAGAUGUGAUGCACGUGCACAGACGAUGUGACGUGGGCCAAACUGUGUACUUUUGCUGUGGUUGUAAAACUGCAGAUGUGACGAAACUGGACCUGCAAUAUUGCAGGUAUCCACGAUUCAUUGCGAUCCCACCGCAAUCUAGCGGGCUGUGCUUGACAGCCCUUUGACACGUGAAACAAGCUGGACAUCUGGACAGCGAUUGAUUUGAACAUCGACUUCACAUGGCUUCACACCGUAGAA